AUGGCAACUCUAGGGACCCCAGUAAUCUCUCUCCCGCGUCACCCCACCCCAACCGUCAAUAACGACCUCCGCCUCCCAACCCAACCGCUUCUCCCACUGAUAGACCAAUGCACCUCCCUCACCCACCUCAAGCAAAUCCAUGCCCAGAUGCUCAAAACCGCCCAAUUCUUCGAUCCAUAUUCCGCCAGCAAGCUCAUCACAGCUGCAGCCCUCUCUCCAUUCUCGAGCCUCGACUAUGCUCGCCAAGUGUUCGACGAAAUUCCCGAACCAAAUCUCUUCACUUGGAACGCCCUCAUUCGCGCCUAUGCCUCCAGCCCCGACCCGGCUGAAAGCAUUCUCAUAUUUCUAGACAUGCUUCACGAGUGUAAUGAGUGCCCCAAUAAGUUUACCUUCCCUUUCUUGCUCAAGGCGGCAUCGGAACUGAGGGCUUCUAAAGUGGGGAGAGGCUUUCACGGCAUGGUGGUGAAAGCUGAGCUGAGCUCGGAUGUUUACAUUGUUAACUCUCUCAUUCAUUUUUAUGGUUCGUGCGGGGAGUUGGAUUUGGCGCGCUUGGUGUUUUUGAAGACUUAUAAGAAGGAUGUUGUUACUUGGAACUCUGUUAUCACGGCUUUCGCGCAGCGGAACUGUCCGGAAGUGGCGUUGGAGUUGUUUAAGGAAAUGGAGGCGGAGAAUAUGAGGCCGAAUGAUGUGACCAUGGUGAGUGUGCUGUCGGCGUGCGCAAAGAAAGGGGAUCUGGAGUUUGGGAGGUGGGUUUGUUCGCGUGUUGAGAGGCACGGAGUAGAGCAGAAUUUGACUUUGAACAAUGCUAUGCUGGAUAUGUAUGUGAAAUGUGGGAGUGUUGAAGAUGCGGAGAGGUUGUUUGGUAGGAUGCCGGAGAAGGACGUUGUGUCGUGGACUGCUAUGCUUGAUGGGUAUGCUCGGAUGGGGAAUUAUGAUGAGGCUAGGCGUGUUUUUGGUGCCAUGCCUAGUCAAGAUAUUGCUGCGUGGAAUGUGCUUAUUUCGUCUUAUGAACAGAAUGGGAGGCCAAAAGAGGCUUUAGCUGUCUUCCAUGAGUUGCAGAAGAACAAGGGUCCCAAACCUGAUGAGGUUACUCUAGUUUGUACACUGGCAGCCUGCUCUCAAUUGGGAGCGAUUGAUCUUGGCGGCUGGAUACAUGUAUAUGUGAAGAGGCAGGGGAUGAAGUUGAAUUGUCACCUCACAACCUCGCUUAUUGACAUGUAUGCAAAAUGUGGGAAUCUAGAGAAGGCACUUGAGGUGUUUAAUUCGGUGGAGACAAGAGACGUAUUUGUCUGGACUGCCAUGAUUGCUGCUUUGGCAAUGCAUGGCCAGGGGAGGGAUGCCUUGCACUUCUUCUCAAAGAUGGUAGAAGCUAAGGUAAAGCCUAAUGCUGUGACAUUUACUAACAUAUUAUGUGCGUGUAGCCACGCAGGAUUGGUGGAUGAGGGAAGAACGUUUUUUAAUCAGAUGGAGCAAGUUUAUGGAGUUGUGCCCGGUAUAAAGCACUAUGCUUGCAUGGUUGACAUUCUUGGUCGUUCAGGUAAUCUGGAGGAAGCUGCAGAACUGAUAGAGAAAAUGCCAAUAUCCCCUACUCCUUCAGUAUGGGGGGCUCUGCUUGGGGCAUGUGCACGGCAGGGGAAUGUUGCGCUUGCUGAAAAGGCUUGUAGUCAUUUGCUCGACUUGGAUCCCAGAAAUCACGGAGCCUAUGUACUCUUAUCAAAUGUAUAUGCCAAAACAGGGAAAUGGGAAGCAGUUUCUGGGUUAAGGAAGCUUAUGCGAGACUCUGGGAUAAAGAAAGAACCUGGUUGUAGCUCAAUUGAAAUCGAUGGCAGUGUUCACGAGUUUCUAGUUGGUGAUAAUACUCAUCCGUUAUCCAAGGAUAUCUACUCAAAGUUGGAUGAGAUAGCAGGGAGAUUGAAGUCGAUCGGAUAUGUGCCAAAUAAGUCCCACCUACUGCAAUUUGUUGAGGAAGAGGACAUGAAGGAACAUGCCCUGAUCCUGCAUAGUGAGAAACUAGCAAUUGCUUUUGGACUUAUUAGCUCCAAGCCAUCUCAACCGAUUCGUGUUGUGAAGAAUCUUCGUGUGUGUGGAGACUGCCACUCAGUUGCUAAGCUUAUAUCUAAGCUUUACAAUAGGGAGAUAUUUCUGAGAGACCGAUAUCGGUUUCAUCAUUUCAGAGAGGGACAUUGCUCAUGUAAUGAUUACUGGUAAAAAUGAGAAGCUUGUUCGUCACACUAAAUCUGAAACUCCCACAAAACAUUAAAACUUUGUUCUCUUACAAUGUACGAAUCUGUUGCAUCAAACUUGACGAGAAUGGAAGAUUACUAGGUUUUCCUAAUGAAUUUUGUUUGUAGUUUCGGUGAAAUUUAUGUCUUCUAUUAUAUUUUUUUCCCUCUCUGC